CAUCGUGUUGGUUUAAAAGAGUCUUCCUGUUCAAACAUGCGAUUGAUUUGUGCAAACUGAGGUAGACUGACAGAUUACCCAGGAAUACAGGAUAAUGGCCAAAAUAUGCUUCAAACCUGCUUCAAAAUCAGUAAGGACUCUUCAGUUUUGGGUGUUUCUGUGUCUAAUUUUCACGACGCUGCAAACUCUGGUUUCAAAUGGACAGAAACACACAGUGAGACAGAUACCAUCAACCCUGCCGACUGAAGUGCUAACCACUGCGUACACCAGAGCAGAUCUUGGCCAUGGAGAGAGAAACACAUUCGGCUGUGCUAACAAGACCAUCUGUAACAUAUACUGUUCAAUUUGUGUGAGCAAUUCUUGGACACCUCAAGAAUGCUAUGAAGCCCUGGUUCAAUGGUUAUGUCAAAUCAAUUUAAAAAAUGCAAUGGACUCCAUUAACAGUACCGACUGGUGUUCAUUGGACCGAGUACAAAGUGUCUACAACAACUUCACUCUGUGUACCGAGUCUAUUGCUGACUGUUUGCUGCUUCCCUGGCCUAAUCAAUUUGUGGAGCACACAUUUGUGGACAUCCAUGCCACCUAUUUUCUAGAGUGUCCCACAGAGGGACUGAGCGACCCCCCUCCCAGCAUCGUCCUUGCCCUAGUCAUGACCCCCAUAUGCCUAAUCCCUGCUAUGGUGAUUCUAGUUGUUCUCAAGACCAAAAAUGAAGGUAGGAGGGCCUAGAGAAGAUUCCAGGUCCAAGAAGAUUUUGUUCUUAUAUACCUUGGGAUAGGAUCCCACCGCUUCCCAGGAUAAUUUCCUGUCCCGAAACAGAGCAAAUGAAAAUGUCUCUGACUGUCUCCAGGUUUGGAUGACCAAUAUUGUGUCCGGGUUCUGACUGGAAAAUGUUACUGCACCUCAAUGGGACUGAGUAAAUCAUUAUCAUUAGGCAUUAUGAUGACAGUCACAUCUCCAAAUUGUACACUUUUUUGUUGUCUUCAGGUUUUGAAUGCAUAAUUCAGUGAAAUGUGAAAAGGCAAUGGCUAAAAUUUUAAUUUGAAGUUAUCAGACUUACUGUUUACAUAACCACAUGUACAAGACAACACAAUUCAGAACCCCAGUGGCCACUUUAUGCACUGUAAGAAAUAUGUAAUCUUAACCCAUGUUUUAAUGUAUAUUUUGUUGUUAGUUAACUGACGAGGGCUGUUUAGCUGGCUCUGAUAAUAGCAAAGUCCUUGUGGUUUCAUUUCUAUUCUGACACAAGUCAUAAAGGUUGACUUUUUAAAUUUAUUAUAUGACAACUAUUGAGGAAAUAUGUAUGCAUGACAGAACAAAGCCAAAAGAACAGUCUAACACCUUUCAACUGGCAGUUUAUUGAAUGUCUGUUUAUUUAUGCUGUUUAAGUUAACCAUACAUAUGUCUCUGAAAGAAAGAAAAAGGUGACUGUUGAAAUAAGAAGGAUUACUUUAAAUCAGUGAUGUGCACAGACAUUAGCAGGGGCAGGGGCAGAAGGACAAGGAGAGAGUGUGAAGAGAAAUCUGCCAAGGACUUGAAAUAGAAACUGGCCCAAUAGAUGUUGAGCAGCGGGGCUGCUCAACAACCUUAGAUUUAUGAACAAAUGGGGCAUCCCUGCAUUCCCCAUUCUGUGCACGUCAGUGCUUUAUAUACAGUAUGUUGUAAAGUUAUCUUAACUGGCAUUGUCCUUACUAAUGCUUGAAACACUGCUCCUUACACUGUUGACUUAGUGGCCACAGAACUGCACAGUAUACUGUAGCGCUACAUAGCAUUAUCAUUACUGUAGAAUUUGUAGACCUGUGAAUAAGAUUUGGAAUGAGAAUCAUUUCUUGUUUCAUAAUAAUUUCAAAAGAUAAGGAUUGUUUCCAAGUGAAGAAAGGAAAGCAAUUUGUAAAACAUUUCAAGUUUUUUUUUUGUUGCCAUAUCUGUCUUAAAAGAGAAAAAUAGACACAUUGUACUGACAUUUAAUGACUACUUUUUGCCAAUUAUACAACAAUUUAUUUUCUUUUCUGGUGUGCAUCUGUACCGAACACUUUGCAGAACCACUAUAAGCAUAAUUUUAUACUUUAAUAUGUUACCUUUUAUUUAAAGGAAAAGUUUUCUCAAAUUAAACAUUUUUUUUUACCUAUAUAUACUUGUACAUAGUCUGUCAUUGUGAUUUCAGUAAAGGUGCCAGUUUUUGUAACAUUUCACAUGAAGAAUACAUCCUGUUUUGUAUUGGAUAAGGUAGACAGGUGUUGAUCUACAUAAGACUCAUUUUUAUCUUAAAGGGAUAGUUCACCCAAAAAUGUAAAUUCCCCUUACAACUGCUUUUAUUAAAUA